CAGAGUGUAAACGACUCGCGGUUGGAUUGUUGAUUUUCGAGGGAAACACAUGGAAUAAAUUACGGUUCAGCGGGGAUCUACACAGGCGAGAAAGGAUGUUUUCUAUUUUCCUGCUGAUCAUAGCGAACACUGUCAUAUCUCUCCCAGGUGUGGAUACGGAAACACAUCUGGACUGCACCAACGACUAUGACAAACAGAUGUUUUGUGAGUUUAAAGCGCAGAACUGCUCUGAAUACAAGGUGGCUCUCUCCACCAAAGAUGGAGGUUGCAUUCCCAAGAAGUGUCAUUCCCAGUGCUGUUGCUCCUUCAAAAUGUUACUUGUUCCCGGAAAGAGUCACACAGUAGAGGUUUUGAGAGGAGACCAAAAAGUGGAGUCCAAAAUCAUCGGUGUCACACAAAGCAUUAAGCCCAAAGUCCCAACAAUCAUCUCAGUAGACGAAAUCAACGGGGUUUUUCAAGUCAAGUGGAAACACAACAUGGAGGACUUUUUCGAAAGCAGCUUGACUGCUGAAUUGAUGUACCGUAAAAAAGGAGAUAAAAAAAAUGUCACUAAGUCGUUCAAACCACAAACCAUUGCCAACCUGAAUAUCUAUGAAAUAUCCGGUGAAGAUUUAGAGCCAAGCACGACGUAUGUUGUCACUGUGAGGAGCUUCACUGAUGUAAGCGACAAGUUUAGUGACAGCAGUGAAGAGAUGGAAUUCUCAACCCCGGCCUCCCAUUUCGCCCUGCUCUUGGCUCUCAUCCUCAGCCUCAGUAUUGCUGCAGUCCUCAUCGCCAUUGCCGCAUUUUACUGUUUUGUAAAGGUGAGGAGGGCAUGGGACAAUUGUCCAAAUCCCAAACUUCCUAUUAUGCGUUCAUUUGCUGAAGAGGUCUUGAAGCCCCAGCCGCCCUUCACCUCCUCUGUCAGUAUUGAACCCCUUAUUACAGAUGACAGCAAAUCCUGGUCAAAGGGAUCACUGACAGACUUUAGCAGCGGGAACUUACAGCAAAGCAGUGGAAUCGGCAGCGGCUUCUCUUGUCUCAGCUACGCUAACGCAGAAGCGCCUGACAUUGUGGCCAGUCGUCUUGAUGCCCUCAGCAAAGUGUUACCCGGUAUCAGCCCAGUAUCACCUCUUACCUCCAAUCCUCUCAAUAAAUCCAACCAAGCCGAUGGUUUAUUCUCCGCUCCCUGCACUCCCUGUGGAGUGAAAGCUAUGGAGGUGAAUUCUGGAUCAUCAGGCUUCGACAAUAAAAGCUAUUCAAUUCUCAUUCCCAACCCGCCACAUCAAAUAAUGACAGAGAGCUCUGAAGUCCAGACCCAGGCUGAGAUGGUUUGUGACUCUGCUUACUGUCCUGUUGAGGAUAAGAUGGUGACCUGCCCUGAUCAACGGGCACCAGCUUGUCUGCUUCUUAACCUACCUUGGUCAGGUUCAUCUCGGAUGGCUACAGAAAUGUCGUAUCAGCAGUGCAAUGCAGAUUCAGGGCGAUUAUCAUGUGAAGAGGACUCCAGUUUGUUCUCAAUCUCUAGUGACACCGACACAACCGCCUCCUGUGAUCCUGUUCCCCGAGUUGAGGCUGGGUAUGAGAGCGUUGACGAGGGGGCUAGUAGGAUGACUCAGCCAAAUCAAGAAAGGAAGGUGGUCAUCAUAAGUGAUGACAAUACCAGCUUCGUGCCUGCUGGCUCACAAAGCUUUCCUCAAGUGGAUGAUGCCUACCAGUCAUUUCAAGCUCUGGUGGGACAGCCUGCGGGAGAGUAACAUCGGGACAAACUACCAGUGGAAUCAUUCACCAUCAUGUCACUAGGGAUUCCAGGUUUCCUUCACUCUUCUCUCUGAGCUUCAAAGACCUUUUCUCUCUUUGCUCUCUGCUGACCUGCCCAUCACAGUUUUCACAGACAGCAGCUACCAGAGUGUGUAGCACUGAAUUUUUUAUGCUUUCCUGUUUUUCCAUUAAUUUAUAUGAGUAAUAUAUAUAAAGUCUGUUCUUUACUGUUUAGAAAUUCCAAUACAAUGUCAAGAAAAUGUUUUGAGUAGGAAGAUUGUUUUCCUCAUUUUGUAUUCCGAGAAUAGAGUCAAAAUGUAGAGAAUGCAUUUUAUGUUUCAAGAAUGAAGUCAAAGAAUUUAUCAAACUACAAACGUGAGCCCACAUGACUGCAUCAAUGCUUGUGUAAAUGAAUUGGUUAAAUUGCACAAAAUAUUUUUUUCGAAACCAGAGAACUCUCUUUUAGGACAUAAACACAGUGUGGUGAUCCUUGUUAGUUCUGUGCAAAAACUGUUCUUAAGGGAGAAACUACACAAGCUUGAAAAGAUUGGUAACCGGGCAGCUUACAUUACUGUCAGUCACUCCUGUAACUGGAUUUGAUAAAAAAAAGACUUGACUUUAUUUGGGACAUAACCACUUUAUUACUAAAAAUUCUAAAUUCUUUGAUCUAGCUCUUGACAUUUCCACUUUAUUCUCAAAAUGCGUCAUGUCAUGUUUCUUCUUAUGCCUGACCCUACCCUUCCGUAAUGAAGAGAUAACUUUUGCACUUUAAAGAACAAGUAGUUUGUGAAUGCUUUGCUACUUUGGACAUUUUGUUCCAUGACAUGGUUUGUUUUGAUGUAAAACAGCUGUAAAGUUUGUACAUAAAAAAAAUUUCAGAGAACAUGCAGUACUUUUGAAAUAAAGCUUUUUUAAACUUUUGAACGAAAAGGCAGGGAAUUAAUGUAUCUGUAUCUUGCAUGUGAUAGUUAACUAAGGCUCUUUUUAUAUCCAAGUGUUGUGUCUUGGCCAUGAAUCUGCAUAAAAAGAUUCAAGAGAGCAGAAGUGAUUAACGUCUGUGUCUGAACAAGCCUUGACAGUUGUCAUGCUUCCCUGGCAACUUCCUCAUAGCUCUUCUGUGGAACUGCUGACACGCUUCCAUAGAAACCCACACAAGCGUCACACAGCAGUCUAUGCUUAUUACUACACUUAGGAAGAAAUCUCUUUCAUAAUAAGACAACGUGUGAAUCAUUGGUAAAUGUUACUAUUGUGGUAUAUUUUUUGCUCAAAUAAAAGUUGUUAACAUUGUG